AUGUCGACGAUGCGAAACCAUCCCCAGAGCGACGCCUCUCAGUCUUCUACUCAACCAUCUCCCAGCAAGGAAUCUUCGUCGAAGCGACUCAAGAGCUCGAGCAAUGUUGCCAACAUCAUGCGACUGAGUAGGAGCAGAAGAUCCGACAGAACUCUUCAACCCUUCCAGUCUCGUUGGCACUCCCUCAGCGUCGAGAGCGACGAGUCCUUUGUCGCUCCGACAGUCUUCGAGAGCAAGACCAACCAGAAGAACACUCGUCUCAAGAUGCUGCGCCGCAUGUCCGAUCUCGAGAAGUUGAGCAGGAAGGGAGAUGGGACCAAGACACGGGAUAUGAAGAUCAAAAGAAGGGACGCGGAAAGGGAUCUGAUGAAUCUCAUAAACGACUACGGCAUCGGAACGAGAGGGAAGAAGAAGAUGGAGGAGGGAGAGGAGGAGGAGGAGGAGGAGGAGGUGCUCAGUGGAUGGAUGGGCAAGCUGAACCAAGGAGCAAAGGGAGACAAGGAGCAGGACUGGAGGGAUCGUCUCUUCGUCGUCCAUGAGCACACGCUCUGCUACGUCUCGGAGAAGUUCAGCGGGACUCUCAACGACGCGCUUGACCUGAAGGAGGCAGAAGAGGUCGAGUUGUGCUCCUUCUCCUUGCCCAAAAGAUCAUCAUCCUUUACCAUUCGCACUUUUGACGGGAAGGACCUUGUGCUGUCGUGCAAGGACGAACAGGACAGGACGAGAUGGGUGAAAGGAAUUCGGACGACGAUGAGGACGAUAGAGAGCGAGAGGGCGGACAAGACUGAGAAGGAGGAGGAGGAGGAGGAGGAGGAGGAGGAAGAGGAGGAGGAGGAGGAGGGACAGGGAGAGCGGAAGAAAGAAGAGCCUGGACGACGAGAUGAGUCGAGACGAUCCGAGAGAGGAAUAGUCUUCGCUCACCAUCACGAAGAAGUGUCAAAGGAGGAGGAUCAGCAGCAGGAGGAGGAGGAAGAAGAAGAGGAGGACGACGACGACGAAGAGGAGGACAUCAAAUCCACUUGUGCUGAAGGAGGAGCUGCAAGGCUGAGAGGGGACGAAGUUGGGGGCGAGAGCAGAAGUCGCUAUGCUACAACCUACGAAGGAUGCUCCGGUCAAGAGGAAGCUAGUCACGGUGGCAGAGAAGAGGAGGAAGAUGAGACACUCAACCACGAUCAAGAGCAGCAGCAGCAGCAGCAGCAGCAGCAGCAGCAGCAGCAGGAAGAGGAUGUAAUGGACUACCUGCCACAGACGGAAUGGACAGCAGAUCCGAAGCAGGUCAGAGAAGGAGCAGGGGGGGGCCGAAGGGAAGACGUUGACGAGGACGAGGACGAGGACGAGGACGAGGACGAGGACGAGGACGAGGAAGGGCCAGCAGAGGUGAGGGGAGCAGAGGCGCUGGAGGAAGACAAGGCCGGAGUGAGCUCAGGAGAAGAAGGAGAAGACUACGGGGAAGACUUCGACCAGGAGGAGGAGGGGCGGGAGCAUCAGGAGCAAGAAGCUGCAGAGAUACAGAGUCAGCUUGAGGACACAGAAGUUGAGGAGGAGGAGGAGGAGGAGGAGGAGGAGGAGAACACUAGGCACCAUGUGCAGCGGGGAGCAGGGGAAACAACACCGGGUGAAGAAUCUCAACCAGACAUGGCAGAAAGCGGUAAGGAGAGUUAUGGCGAUGACUGGGACGAAGAGGAGGACAGGAUUCCGAAUCAGCAAAAGGAAGGAGAUCUGUCGGAGGAAUCGGAAGAAACAACGACGGUCGUGGAGCAGGCGAAUGAGGAAGAAGCAGGAGCUGCUAGUACCAGCUCCGGGGGGCACGGGGAGGCGUAUGGGGAAGACUUCGACGACGAUGAGGAUGAGGAUCGUGGGGGGGCAGCAGAGGUGAGGGGAGCAGAGGAGCGGGAGAAAGGCAAGGCCGGAGCGAGCUCAGGAGGAAGAGAAGACUACGGGGAAGACUUCGACCAGGAGGAGGAGGAGGAGGAGGAGGAGGAGGAGGAGGAGGAGGAGGAGGAGUCCUCUACACAUCCUCCACCACAGCUGAGGGAUGGAGGGAGAGCGGGAGGCAGUGUAGCAGGGGACGCAGAGGGCAUCUCUUUCCUCCGACUCGCCUCUCAGAGUGGGGAGGCCUGCAGGGCAUGCAUGCUCAUACAGAGGAACGUCCGAUGCCACCUUGCUCGCAGGAUGUUUAUGGCGGAGCUCCUCCGGCGGGAGGGUGCUACCGCCGCGGUGGAGGAAGGGGAGGAGGACGAGGACGGUUACAGCGGGGACGUGGACAGGAAGGCAAGGCGGGGGAAGAGGAAAGCUUGA